AUGAAAUUUUCCGUACUUUGCUUUGCCAUCGCAUUGUCGCUCGUGGCUACGAUUCCAAGAUCGCAUCGCAUGCAAGACCCGCUCGAUCGCGAGAUCUCAUUGGAACCACUUCUUAACACUAAAACUGCGUUCACUAGGGCUGCCUUGGACUACUAUCUCUCCAUACUCAACGAUUACAAAGACUAUGUGCCCAAAGAGAUCAAACUACUCUUCCGCGGACUUUCCGACUCCACUAAGAACAAGUUGGUGGCCGGCGUGAAUGAUAUCGAGGCAGGUCGCCUCGUCAUUCCAAAUGACCCAGAAAGAAUCAUCGCCCAUAUCAAGAAAACGCCUGAACUUGCUCAAAAUGUAGAAGACGCCAUUGACAUGCUUACGGAUGAUCUGAGCAAAGUUAGCCAAGGAACUAGAAAUGUGUUCCAAAAGUGGUGGAGGAGGAUCUUUACCGCCGUGUCUGCACCUCGCGCUCAGGUGGCCAACCAAAUUGCUCGAGUCAUUUCCGACUUCAAGACUGCCUAUGACAAGGCUAGCCCCGCUAUCAAGAACGAUAUUGCAAAGGCGUGGCCUGAAGCCUAUAACCUUUUAGAAAGAUUGAAGGUUCUCCUAAAUUAUGCUGAAGAAUUGUAG